AUGGAUGACCUCUUGAACACGGAUUGGAGUACUGCGGCGCCUGCAGCCAAGCAGAACGCCCCGCGGCCAGCAUUUGGCAUGCCCAUGUCUAUACCUAGUGCUACUUCCAGCUCGCGUGCCAGUCCAGCUCCUUCCGCCUUUGCCAACAACCUGCGUGCUCCCUCCCCAUUCACCAAUAAUCAGUCCGCUCCCAAGGCUCCGUCAAAAACUGCCUCACCCGCCAAUGACAUCUUCGCCAACCUUGUAUCCACAAACGCAAACAAGACCCAGGGCAGCCUCACUCUCUUAGAACGCCAGAAGCAGUUGCAGCAAGAGAAGAUCAAGCAGGAACAGGAACAGCGUCAGAGACAUGCCCAGCAGUAUGGAAACGAGGCAGCCUUUUGGGACACUCUGGGUAGUGGAAAGGGUACCCCUCAGCCAGCAGCACAACAUAUUGCAUCCUCUGCCCAGCACGACGAGGACGACCUGUUGGCUGCCUUCAACUCAGCUGCGCCGGUAGACAAGUCUUCUCACUUCCCCGUGCCCGCUGCUUCCACUGCUACCAGUGGCCGCAACACUCCUGCUGUUGCGAACCAGUCCAAGUCUACCUCUCUGCUCGCAGAUGACGACGACGAUCCGUUUGGUCUUGGAGCUGCUCCUCAGGGAAAGGCCAGCCCUUAUCAACCCGCUCAAUCGAUUGCAAACGACGACGAUGACGAUAUCCUUGGAGAUCUCGGAAAGCCCGUAACUGCCAAACCUCCCCGUCGCGAACCUCCUAGACGUGAGCCUGUUGAUGAAGCCUUUGCUGUCAACGAACGCCGCGGACCGCCGUCUUCCGAUCCCCUCGACCGUCCGAUAGCUGAACUGGUUGAUAUGGGCUUCCCUGCUGUUAGGUCGAGAGCUGCCUUGCAAGAGACGGGAGGAGAUGUACAAUCGGCUGUAGGAUGGUUACUCAACCAGGCACAUCAAGAGUCAAAGGAGAGAACACAAAAUCGCGGUGGUGCCCGUGCUAGUCCAGCACCCCAGACUCGUGAAGAGCCGCGACGCGGAAGAGGCCAUGAGGAUGCUUCGGUGCCUGCUUGGAUGCGACAGGAGUCGCGCCCGAGCUCCAAUCAACGCAGGCAAGACAACGGAACACCCGCCUCGGAGAAGGAUGUAGCUGCAUAUGCACAAGAGUUUGGUACAUCAUUCCUCAAGUCUGCGGGCUCUCUUUGGAAGACAGGACAGAAGAAUCUGAAGAAGGCCGUUGCCGAAUUCCAACAACCCGAGGGCGAUUCGAGUACACCCAAGUGGAUGAGAGAUGCAAGCGCUGAUGGCGUCUCUGCUCGACCCGGACGCUCUUCGACACCUCGUACAGCUGCACCUGCACAGACUGCGGAAGAGUUGACCAAUGAGGCUAUGCUUCUAGAAGCCAGAGACGAAAGACAGCGACCAACAAAGUCGCGUACCCCUGAAGUACCUGAGUCUGCUUCAAGACCUGAUCCUAGAAUUCGAUCACCUGCCCAGGACCUGCCUGUGCGUAGUCAGCCGCAAUCACGGUUUGCACAGCAAGCACCACCUCCGCAGGCUCAACGUCCAAACAAAGUUAGUCGCUUUGAUGUCGAGGAAGAGUCGUCACAGGCAUAUGUCAGCUCGGCAAGGCGAAGAAGACCCGCCAAACCAGAACCACAGCCAGAGUCUGAGGUCGACCUAUUCAGUCCAGCACCUGCUCAACCACCUCCACAGCCUGCAUCUGCUAGGACCACUCCCGCACCUCGUCCUUCUGCAACCAAAGCUUUUACACCAGUACCACAAGCUCCGCGACCCAAAGCACCUCCGCGAAACAUCCCGGCCAUCUCACCCUCUGCACUGUCGACAUCCAGCAGCCAUCGCCGGGCAGGUACCGAGGCGUUCAAAAGAGGAGACUUUGAUGCCGCGCAUACCUCAUACUCUGCCGCACUCACGCCACUACCGCCUACUCAUCCUCUGAUCAUCAUUGUGCUAUCAAACAGAGCUCUGACAGCCAUCAAGACUGGCGACCCUAAAGCUGCAGUCGUCGACGCAGACCGCGUUAUAGAACUCGUUGGUAUUGGCAAAGGCGAAAACGAGAAAAUUGACCUCGGUGGUAGUGAGGGCGAAAAAGACAUGAAAGAGUUCUACGGCAAAGCACUCAUGCGCAAAGCCGAGGCGCUGGAAAACAUGGAGAAAUGGUCAGAUGCAGCUAUCGUCUGGAAAGAUGCCAUUGCAGUUGGCGUAGGCGGCGCCGUAAGUCUACGAGCCCGUGAUCGUUGCGAGAAGGCCGCGAAUGGAGGUGCAUCGAAACCCGCACCUGCAAAGCCAAAGGCUACACCAGCUGUCACAAGAGUACCGGCGGGUCAUCUCCAGCAACCCAAACGUCCUGCGGUCUCACAAGUUCAGUCGCAGGAGGCAGUACGAAAGUUGCGUGAAGCGAACGCUGCAGCCGACAGAGCCGACGAUGAGAAAUUCGCACUUUCGGAUCAAGUCGAAGCCAAGGUCACUGCAUGGAAAGGCGGCAAAGCUGAUAACUUGCGCGCUCUCCUGGGUAGCUUGGAUAGUGUUCUCUGGCCUGAAGCAGGAUGGAAGAAGGUCAAUAUGAGUGAUCUGAUCAUGCCCAACAAGGUCAAGAUAGUGUACAUGAAGGCGAUCGCCAAGGUUCAUCCUGACAAGCUUUCGCAGUCGGCCACUACUGAGCAGAAGAUGAUCAGUGGAUCGGUAUUUAGCACGUUGAACGAGGCUUGGGAUAAGUUCAAGAAGGACAACGGGCUGUGA